AGAUUGAAUUUUUUUUCUGUAUUUUAACUUAUCAUUUGAUAAUCUACUUUUCUGUUAUGGGUUAGGUUGGGAUUUUAGUAAUGAUUCAAAUUUGACUAUGAAAAAUUGUAAUGAUUGAUUUGGUGCUUAAAUUGAUGUGAAUUACUGAAUCUAUGCAUUACAUUUCAUGUUUCUUGAACUGGGAAUUUAUAACAUAGUUUUCCCCUUCUUUUGCUUCUCUUGCAUGUUUAUUAGCUUGGCUCCUUGAUAUAGUAUAAUAAUCUGUGUAAAUUGAUAUCUCGAAAAAAGAAAAAAAAUGAUAAAGCUUGAAAUCAUGAAAUUUAUAAUCAAUUGAAUAAUUCAUUCAGCUGUGUAAAACUGUUAUUUUUGUAGGGUAUCUAGCCAACAUAUCAAACUAGAAACUGACAUUAUAGACUAAUAGGAAUAUCUAAAUUAUUUUUGUCUUAAGAUAUGUUUUUCUUCCUUUUUCUCUAAAGGAACUCUUUCUUUUCUUGGUCAUGAGCAGUGAUUCAACUCUUCAGUUUAUUUUGUAUUGAUUAAGUCGAUUGGAUAUCCAUUGAUGUUGGAUUUAAGUAUGUACAUUGGUGGCCCCUAGGGCUUUGGUCUAGCGGUAAGAGCACAAUGUGUGAUGUGUGGGUUAGGCACGUUAGGGGGUCCGAAUUUGCUGCAGACAAAAGUAUGGUAUGUAAGUGGAGAAGGGUAAGGGGGUCCAUUAUCCAUCGUGAUUUGAACUGUGUGCCACUAGCCCUCGGGAUUUACUAAAUUAUCCCAAAAGAAAAGAAGUUUGUAGAUUGAAGCACCCAAGGGUGUAGCCUAAUGGUCAAUGAAGUAGGUUGAGAACCAUGAAGUCUUGGGUUUAAAUCCCAACGGAUGCAAAAAACUAGGCGAUUUCCCCCGUCUGUUCAAGCCUUGGUAGACAUAAUUACCAUUGUUGGUGGGAGAUAGCAGAUAUCCCAUGGAAUUAGUCGAGAUGCGCACAAGCUGACCCGAACACCACAGUUAAAAGAAAAAAAAAGAUGUAGACUGAAAUUGGUUUUUGUAAUCUAUGAUUUUUAGUUUCUUCUGCUCUAGAUCCUUUAAGCAUUUAUGUAGAGCUACCACAGAAUGUGGUAUCUUGGUAGAACACGCAACAUGGGUGUGUUAGCCAUUAAUUUGAUUAAAGAUCAAAAGCAUUUAUACGGAGCUUUAUGUUAUCCAGCUUACUCCAGGGCAGUGGAUUGAAAAAAGCGUGCAAUAUGUCAAACCCAAGCGCAGAUGAAAGUGUGAAGGAACCAAACGUUAUUAAUGAUCCUCCUAAAGGUGAAGAUCCAAAGGGUUCAGAAGUAGAAGAAAACCAAGUUCCAUCUCAAGAGGAGGAGGAGGAACUGAAGAAGAAGUAUGGUGGCUUGGUGAAAAAGAAACCUCCAUUGAUAUCUAAGGACCAUGAACGUGCUUUCUUUGAUUCUGCGGACUGGGCAUUAGGAAAGCAAGGGGGACAGAAGCCCAAAACGCCUGCUGAGGCACUUCGCCCAAAAUUGGAGCCUACGCCACACCAGCAACUUCGUACUCGGCUCUCAGCUUCUUCUCUGACAGAUGCCGGUGAAGAUGGUAGCAACAACGGCUCUGACCAGCUAGAUGACCAGAGCGGAACACUAGCAGGCGACGGUGAGAAUAAUUCUUAGAAUCAGAAGCACCAAAGCCGAGACAUUCGGAGCAGCCUCAUCAUAGAUUCCUGUUGAAUUAACUAAAACUGGUAUUGUAAAUCUGGCUAGAGGUAAAAAGAAGAAAAGAAAGAAUAAAUGCUCUCAUGCCAAAAUUUUGUACCGAGUUUUAGAGUUGUGGUCCUAUACUAAGCUGAUUUGCUUGCAUAAAUAUUCGGAAAACUACGUGCAAAGUUCUUUUCACAAGAACGAUCAUUUCUCAUCUGCCUGUGCUAUUCUCAGAAUGGUGAUGGUGAUGUAUUAUACUUUUUGGUGGUAAAAUUCUAGAUCAUCAUGGUAAUGAAUCUUGAAAACAUAAUUUCUUUUGCA